AUGUUGUGGAUCUUCGGAUCGACUCGAUUCAUCAAAAGCCGACCCCCAACCCUGCCGCCAAAGUCGCUAGACGAGGCUCAGUUCAAGCUGCUUCUCACGGUGCUGAGCAUUCUCGUGCUGACUUUCCUCUCCCAGACCUUCACAGGUCUCAACAUCGGGCUUAUGUCGCUGGAUACGGCGCAGUUACAGGUUCUCAUAGACGUGCCAAAUAAAGAUGAGACUGCCAUGGACUCUGCCAGAUAUGCGCGAAAGAUCCUGCCACUGCGCCGGAAGGGGAAUUUACUGCUUUGUACCAUUCUCCUCGGGAACACCGCGGUCAAUGCCUUGAUGGCACAACUGUUGGCAGACUAUGCAGGCGGCUUCAUCGGUUUCCUGCUGACCACGGCCAUUAUCGUCAUCUUGUGCGAGAUCGUCCCGCAAUCCGUCUGUACCCGGCACGGCCUCUUCCUGGGGGCAGCCGGAUCCCCGAUUAUCAAACUGGCCAUGGUACUCUUCUACCCGAUAACAAAGCCGUAUGCGCUUGUCCUGGAUCACCUCUUCCCACAGCGAGAGAACCUGCUGGACCGAAGUCAGCUUCAGGCACUGGUGGAGUACCAAAAAUCAGCUGCUCCAGGAAUGCUCGUCGAGGGGCAAGCAGAGAUGCUCAUAGGUGCCCUGGGCAUGACCAAGAAGACUGUCUCAGAGGUGAUGGUUCCGCUGCAGAGUGCCUGCUGCUUGAUGCUUGAGGAUGUUCUCGACUUUGCGUUUAUUGCACGCGUGAUUCAGCGGGGCUACAGCCGCUUCCCUGUGGUGGACUCCGCCUCUGGGCAGGUGGUUGGCCUUCUUCACUGUAAAGAUCUGCUGAGCCUGCGCGUGGUUGAGCCGGUUCACGACGACCCCGUGCACAACGUUCGUGACCGAUCAACCUGCACCGUCGGCGAGCUGCUCGAGGCUCUGCGCGCGGCCGGCCGCGAAAGGCACAUAUUCGUCUGCGGCAAGAACACCACGCUGAUGGCCUUGCUGUCAGAGUUCAAGCGCGCGCCGCAUUUGGCAGUCGUCGCAGACAGCCUGGCCGAUGGCGAGGCACCGGCAGAGACCCGCCACCUAGGCAUUGUCACCCUGCACAACAUCUUCGGCACCAUCCUGCAAGCGCAAGUGGGCUUUUCCGAAGACGGCGGGGGCAGCCCGAGGAGGCACCGACAGGCUGGAGCGCUCCAGCUUUUCGACCGUGCUCGACUAGAGAAGAUGGCCUCCAACGCUGAGCCUUUGGGCCAGGACGAAGCUGGAGCAGUGAUGUCCUUCCUGGCAGCCACGUUGCCGCGGCUCUUCUCCCAACAUGCACUGAGCCAGUCUGCCUUGUUGGAGCUCCUGGAGUCUCUCCAUCCUCGGCAGAUUUCAAAGCGAGCUCAGCUCUACCAAAAAGGCAAGGAGACGGAUGUCGUCACGCUUGUGCUUCAAGGUGCGCUGCACCUCACCAGUGGCCUCGACGACUGCGAGAGUUCUGCCGGGCCCUGGGCUGUGCUGGGCAUUGGGUUGUUGCAGCCUAAGGCCCCCGACCCGUAUGUCUCAGAUUUCAGUGCGGUAGCUGUCACCGACUCCUUCAUCUUGGAGAUCCAUCGGCACAGCUACCUCAAAGCUGCAGCGUCCGACCGCAGCAGCCACGUGGAUGCCAUCGCCUGA